AUGUACAGACCAGAGUCGCUCGAUAGGCUCUUCAGCCGUUUAAAUGUGUACAGACCAGAAUCGCUCGAUAGGCUCUUCAGUCGUUUAAAUGUGUACAGACCAGAGUCGCUCGAUACGCUCUUCAGCCGUUUAAAUGUAUACAGACCAGAAUCGCUCGAUAGGCUCUUCAGCCGUUUAAAUGUGCACAGACCAGAGUCGCUCGAUAGGCUCUUCAGUCGUUUAAAUGUGUACAGACCAGAGUCGCUCGAUAGGCUCUUCAGCCGUUUAAAUGUGUACAGACCAGAAUCGCUCGAUAGGCUCUUCAACCAAUUAAAUGUGUACAGACCAGAGUCGCUCGAUAGGCUCUUCAGUCGUUUAAAUGUGUACAGACCAGAAUCGCUCGAUAGGCUCUUCAACCAAUUAAAUGUGUACAGACCGGAGUCGCUCGAUAAGCUCUUCAGCCGUUUAAAUGUGUACAGACCAGAAUCGCUCGAUAGGCUCUUCAGCCGUUUAAAUGUACAGACCAGAGUCGCUCGAUAA